CUUCCGUCCUCGAACCUCACGCCGUCUAGAGCAGCACUCCGCAGCAAGACCUCCGCUUACCGCACACAAUGGCUUCACCAAGUCAGGACUCACAGACUACGCCCUAUGUGCCGGAUAAGGUACCUACUGGCGAAUAUCCUCUCAUCGACAACGACCCACACUUUAAGCGUGUAGUCUCAUAUGCCCGACCCGCAGAUUGGGCCUAUGGCGCUGGCGUCGCAGCCGUCGGCCCAGCGCUGAUGCUCUACUGGGAGAAAAUAUCCCCUUCGUUCGUUGGCAAGGGAGGCUUUGCACCCAUCAUGCGACUGACCGUUGCCGUCGGAUUGACUGGUGGCUUUCUGGCCACAUAUUCAAGGUCUGCCCACCGCUUCUACGGCGCCCGCGAAAACCGCCGCGAGAUCGAAAUGGACAUGCGAGAAAUGGUGGACAAAGUCAAGCGCGGCGAGCCGUUAUACGGAACCUCGACAAUGACCGAAUACAUGCAGGGUGUGGCUCACCGGAACUCGAAAUACGCCGCUACAUUCGCCGGCGUGCUGCCGUGGAUCAAUCUUGUAAAUCAUCCGUACCAUGGUGUUGAUACGGCGAAGUACUAUCGACAGGCCGAGUUGGAACUGGAGCAGGACAGGCUGGCGAGAGAGGGGAAGUCGUCAUGAACGCGCGGGAACGGAGAGACGGAAAGGGAAAAGAAGAAUGAAAUGAAAUAUCUUGGUGAAGGAUGUAUAUAUGUUCAAUGGAGCAACGAUAGGUUGUAUCAACAAGUUUUUCUGGUCAGCAUUCUUUAUCCAACAUAGCCUCCGAGACCUAGACGUCUCUGAAUUACAUUAAGGCUCCCACGACAAUUCAGUCAUAGCACGAACUCCACUGAGUAAAUACUGGAUCACUCAUGCCGCCGACAAAGAUGAG